AUGAACGAACCUGAUCGCGAUAUAUUACUUGGGACACCCAUCAUGCAAGACCAAUGUCAAUGCAAACAUCCCCAGUCUGAAUUCUUGUCUGGCGCGAUCGGUUGCACUGGUGAGGCUGGUUUCACUUAUGAGGACAAUAUGGACGAGAAUGAGCAAGAUCCAGAUAUCGACGCGCCCUCAACAUUCGGUCUACAAACGCCCCAUAUAAUUGACGAGGAUCUUUUCCAAGUGCCUGGAGACAAUGGAAAGCCUAGCAUGUUCAACCAAAAGCUCUUCCAGUACCCAAGAGCGUCCCAUGAGCUCCCCAAUUCUCCUUCCAGCCAGAAUGAGUUUUUGUACGCGUCUCCGGUGGGCAAAACUGUAUCAUCCAGCUUCAACCAGUACCCAGUCCCAUCGAUGCCAGACCCCUUCAACCACUCCUCCUCCACCGGUUACCGGUCUCAGUCCCGGUUUCAGCCCACGCGCACCCCAUCAGCUGCAGAUCGCCCUCUCCCAUUCGGGGGAUUUUACUUCCAAAACCUAACGCAAGCCAACGAAUACCUCGGUCAGACAGUUUGGUUCCCUUCCAUGGGCAGCUACGGGUUUCCACAAACGGAUGCGCAGUACAGAUUCUAUCUCCAAAAGAUUUGCCUGGCGCUCUCGAACACCGAAAAGGUCUGGGAUGAGAAGACUGCACCAUGGCAGUUUGAAAAGUUCAUGCCGACGGGGGAGUGGACGGGUCCUGUGGAUAUCGAGGCCAUCGCACACAACAUACUAUACACAGCGUUCAAAAUCCACAUUGGUGGCGUCACUAGUUUCGCUCAAAGGCUUUCGGUUGAUUACAUGUCGUUCAAUUCCGAAGACAUUGACUGCACCUUUACCCAGCGCAUCCACUUCCUCGCUCUGCUGCUGGGACGUUCCAAGGCGGCGGCAGCAGACAUCAUGGCCAAGAACAACACGGAAAAGUACGUUGCGACACCCAUUACCGCCUUGCGCACGUUUACGGUAUUUGACGAGUUCUGGAAAACGUGCUCGCCCGUGGACAAGAAGCUCUGGCUCGAAGCUGCGCCGUAUGCGGGAUCGGGCGUGAUGCAUCCGCCAGAGGAGUUGCAGAUCAAGCACGCUGCGGUAGCGCAGGCGCGUUAUCAGAAAGCCUUGGAGCGCCAGAAGAUGGCUAUGAUGUGCAUCUCGCCUCCGAGUCCGUCGGGCAAUGCCAUUCCGGUGACGGGACACCAUGAGGCAAGUCUGUUCCGUAAGCGGUCUUAUACUGCAAGCUCAGGAACUCUGGAUAGUCCUAUGGCGAAGCAUGCGAAGAUUGGUGGAGAAUGA